CUCCUCCGCGAUGGAGCCUUUGGCUGGAAGUCGAUCGGGGAUCCUCAACUCAGGCGACGCCGCUGCCGUCCGCUGCCUUGCCGUCGGGGAGGCCGGGCGCGGCCCCGCCUAAAGCAGCCAUGGGCGACUCGGCGAAGGAAGAGGAGGAGAACCUUCUCUUGGCAGCAGCAUAUGUCUACGAUGCCCAAUAUAAUAGAAACAUCCCAUUUGAGACUUCACCAAAGGCAAUCAGGCUUUAUUAUCUCUAUAACCAUUGGGCCAUGCAAGCAGGUACUUAUUUCUUCAUUUUUGUAGUCCUCACACUUGCACUAUUCGAAGAGCCAGCUGUAUACCUACUUCCUUUCUUGAUUACAUCAGUGAUUGAAGUCUUAUGCCUUUUUCUUCUUUGGAGACUCAUCCAUUUUGCACAUGUUACACCUCGUAAUACAUUCUGGAAAGAUACAAAGAACAUCUGCAUCAUGAUAACAGUCUUGAUGACAUUGAUUGACCUAAUUAUCUACGGCAUUCUUAGAACCUUGAACAUUCAUGGUGUUCGGUGGUCCAGGCCAUUGAGACCCAUCUUCUUAAUAAACUUUGCAGAGAGUCGUCAGAUCCGGCGAGCCUUUCGAAGCAUCCGGAACACUCUGCCUGAGAUCACAUAUGUCUUUCUACUGUUCAUGUUCAGUGUCCUGAUGUUUUCUCUCAUGGCUCUGAAGCUGUUUGGAGACAGGAAUUUGAAGACCUUGGAAGGCUUGCCCUAUUUUACAAAUUAUCUUGAAGUUGUAUUUGAUAUGUACGUGCUGGUGACCACCGCCAAUAGCCCAGACAUCAUGAUGCCGGCUUAUGACUUCAGCUGGUGGUACAGUUUAUUUUUCAUCAUAUAUGUAAUAAUCAACACCUACAUUUUCAUGUCAGUCUUUUUAGCAGUUGUGUACAACAACUACAGGAAACACUUAAAGAAUGAGAUCCGCAAGCUUGCUUACAUGAAACGUCACAAAAUGAUAGACGCCUUCAACCUCCUAAAAGUCAAAGAAAGAGAUGAAUUUGUUAUCCAACAAGAUCAGUGGAAAAAUCUGGUAAAAAUGGUGGCACCUCACAUCAGCGCAUCCCAUCGUGAACUCCUUUUAAGAAUAUCUGAUGAAGAACAGAAAGGCUAUGUGGACAAAAAAUCCUUUGUACGUCUGGCUGAUCUUUUGAAUAUAGAGGUGAUCACACUGAAGGCCCGCAUCCACCCCUUAGACAGCUGGUUUCCACAGGUGUAUAACUCCACUCCCAGCCUGGUUUUACGCAAUAUGGUCCAGCACAGAGCAUUCAUUUGGAUAUAUGAUAUUAUCAUACUAAUUAAUGCAGUCUUCAUUGCACUGGAUGAGAAGAAUCCUUAUUCCUAUGCAGAGUGGGUGUUUUUAUGCUUGUAUAUAAUUGAAAUACUCCUGAAAUUAUAUGUUUUUGAACCCAGGACUUUUUUUGCAAGAAACCAAUUCUGGAACUGGUUUGAUACUUCUAUCAUUAUUGCUGCUUUGAUUGCAACAGUACUGAACACUGCACUUAAAUCAGUGACUGCAUACAGUAGCCAGCAAAUUCUGGACAUUGUGUUUGUCUUACGAGUUCUUAGGCUUAUAAGAAUUAUCGACAGUGUCCAAAGGUUCCGUGUUAUUAUGAAUACACUAAUAAACAUUGUGCCUACGAUGCUAACCUUUGGAGCAUUAAUUCUGGUGGUAUAUUAUGUAUUUUCCAUUAUUGGGAUGGAAAUCUUCCAUGGGAAAAUCCAAUUCUUUGCCGGAAACACCACCUCACCGCAAGCCAUGUACUGUGGAAAUCCUGUUUUGAGUGGAACUACAUUUGCACGAGCCAAAUAUUGCAGGAAUAACUUCAACGACAUUGUGUCUUCUUUUGUUGUCCUUAUGGAAUUAACCAUUGUCAACCAGUGGCAUGUUCUUGCCAAUGGAUUUGCCCUUGUGACUCAUGAGAGUGCAAAGCUGUUUUUCAUCAUCUUUCACAUUGUUGUGGUGAUUAUGAUUAUAAGUAGUCUACCUCUUUAUAGUCAUAAUAUUGGAAACAUCUUUGUAGCAUUCAUUUUGGAAGCAUUCUUUGUGGAGUAUUCUAUUGAGAAGAGUGAAAUUGAAACUGCCAUUGAGAAGAAGAUUCAAGAACUUGGUAUAGGGGUACAAGAGGAUGACCUUUUUGAUGGUAGGUUGAUAGACAACCUUGAAACCAGGGAAAAUGAUCUUGGAAGUGAAGAAGGAAUAGCAGUGAAGAAGAAAUCUAAGGGGUUGAUGUUUAAAAUUGCCUCCAGAAGAUACAGGACUGUGGAUGCCUUACUCCAACGCAUGUUUGAAGCAGAGAUAGCCCCAGAAGAAGAAGGUCCUUCCCUUGAUGAGAUCUUAAAUCUGUCUCCAGAUGAGGCCUACCCAGGGAACCCAGCUUUUGACCGGGCUGUCUAACAUGGAGAAUGAGUGGAAAUAACUGGAAUCUUUUUGAAGCAAGUUCCCUAUUUUAAUCGUUCUCUAGCUCACUAGGUACUAGAUUUAAGCUAUUACUAGUCCCUUCUGAUAUGCGCAACUGAAAGAUUAUUGGUGCUGUAUUCAAGUUCUUCCCUCCAAUGAAUCAAGCACUCAAAAGCUUUAAUAUGUAAUGUAUAUAAUAGAUGAAAUGCAGUAUUUUUUAAAGUGGAAAGCAUAUUGGAUAAGUUUGAAAUACUUUGAAUUCUCUUACAUGCUUAACACAUUACUUGGAUACCUAAUAUUGAAAGUUAUAUUACUGAAUGCAGCUCUGUCCACUACAAUCCAGGGGGUUUUUUUGGUCAACUUAUCAAUAAAUAUCAGGGAGAUAUCAAAUAAUAAAGUCAGGGAAUCCAAUGCUACGUACUAUGUUCCUCAUUCAUCCACCCACUUCCUAUCAAAGUUGUAGUGGGCUAACCCUUUGUCUUAUAGAUCCAAACCUUCUCUGAAAGCAGAGUGAAUGGAUGCACUUGACUGAUGAAAGUAGAUCCAUGCCUGAAUUACUUUAUCAUUGUCAGUUUAAAUAAAGAUAGUAGUAUCUGAGUCCUAAAUAUCAAGCACUCAUUCGCAUAGUCAAGGGGCUGAUACUUCCUCACUGGUCCUGCUUCUCCCAUUGUCUGGUGUAAAGUGCUGUUUCCUACAUUCCAUUCAUCCAGAGAUGGAAAUCAAAAAAAGGGAAGACACUUGACCUGAUUUUUUCCCCAAACAGAUCAGCCUUGAACUUUCCAGUUACAGGUAAUUCCUGAUUCAAAUUGUAUACAGUAUCAAAAUUCAAAUGUCUGAAAACAUUGAAAACAAUAUUUAAAUGUUAGGUUGAAAAAUAAGUAUUUCUAUGUUUGACUUUAAAAGAAUCAGAUUG